AUGUAUAAGAUAAAGGGAAAGAAUAAGCCAAAUCUAUUUUCUUCUGAUAGCAAUGGCCAUGUGCCAAACAAUGGGCACAAAUCUUACGUGUUGAACAAUCCAACCAGGCAUAACAUCGAGGAAUUUUACAAGCUCGGGCGUGAGCUCGGCCGAGGUGAGUUUAGGAAUUGCUAUAAGCAUGGUGUGAUGCAUCAUGAUCUCAAGCCUGAAAAUUUCUUAUUCGCAAACAAAAAGGGAACAUUGCCGCUUAAGGCCAUCGACAUUGGGUUAUCAGUUUUUUUCAAGCCAGGUGAGAGAUUCAACGAGAUUGUGGGGAGUCAUUAUUAUAUGGCUCCAGAGGUGCUCAAAAGAAAUUACGGACCUGAAGUCGAUGUUUGGAGUGCGGAAACUGAACAAGGUGUUGCCCAAGCAAUCAUGCGUUCGGUGGUGGAUUUUAGAAGAGAUCCUUGGCCUAAAGUUUCUGACUGGGCAAAAGAUCUUGCGAAGAAGAUGCUCAACCCGGACCCCAAACAGCAGCUUACAGCUCAAGAAGUUCUAGAUCAUCCUUGGUUACAGAAUGCAAAGAGUGCUCCUAAUGUUUCUUUAGGCGAAACUGUGAUUGCCGAGCAUCUUGGAAUCCUUUCUCCAAAGCCUGAAUCCGAACAACGAGGACUGGGCAAUUCCCAAGAGAGAGGACUCUCGCCCAGCCCUACCUACAUCAGUGAAGCUGGAACCGAGCUUGGGCAUCAAAUCCCUGAAGCCGGUCUUCAAGCCCUUAUGGAAGCUGGUGAUGUGGAUAAAGAUGGAUAUCUCGAUUGUGGAGAGUUUGUUGCGAUAUCUGUACACUUGAAGAAAAUGGGCAAUGACGAGCAUCUCAAGAAAGCCUUCGAUUUCUUCGAUAAAAACAAGAGUGGAUACAUAGAAAUCGAAGAGCUGAGGAAUGCCUUUGCUGACGAGGCGGAGGCAAUAAGUGAGGAGGUUAUCAAUGUCAUUAUUCAAGAUAUCGACAUAGAUAAGGCCCCUGAACUAAUUGUGGAGCCAAUAGAUGCUUGCGGCACAUCUCAGCCAGCGAGAGCAUCUACCCCGCCAUCACAGUCUUCAUCUACUUCUAAUAGCAAUACGCACCAGAGGACUUCUGGCUCCUCGACUAGAACUUCAGAAACACCAGCUCCCCCUCCCAGUGCGAAAUCAUUCCGCUGGGAUCAACAGACUGUUCAAUUUUCUGUCAAUGCUUGGAUAGACCUCAACAGAAAACUGAAGAGUAACGGCAGCAAGCUCAUACUUCGGCCCUUGGAUAUCGACUCUACCCCUUCACCAGGGUUUUCAGUUCAAACCAACCUAGAAACCCUUGCCUACGCAUAA